UCUGCAAUCUCACGCAACCACUCCUUAAUAGGUUAACAAACAACAUCAGACCACCUAAUAUGUCAGAACCACCAAUUCCAACUCCUGAUCCAGACCCAGCGAAUGCUCCUCUCUUUCGUCCUUCCAAAAAGCGCAAGAUCUACCGCCAGCGCGCUCCAGCAGACGACGAAUCAGCUCCUCCAACAACCCUCUCUCCACCACCCCAAGCAGCAAUCAGAGAUGCGGCAGCUAUACCCGCAGCCCAAAGCCUCGACGAGCUGAUCUCAACUGCCAGUGUUCCCUCUCCUCAAAAUGACGAAGCAACAACUGAGAGCGACGCCGUAUCCAUGGCCGAGAUCCUACGCCUACGGAAAAAGCACAAGGCUCGCUCAGGCGUGGAGUUCAAAGCUAGCGGGCACGUAGCUAGGGACGAGGAAGGGGAGUUGAUCCUACGGCCUGAAGAUGAGAAGGGAGGAGAUACGGUAGGACUCAGUAGUGGUGUGCCGAGGAAGUUUGCGCCGCAGACGGGUACCGUAGGGGAUGUGAAUAGGCAUAUGAUGGCUUAUAUAGAUUCGGAAUUAGCUAAACGUCGUGCCGCUGACGGCCCGCAAGCUGUAGCAACGGAUAAGGAUUCGGGAGCAGCUAUAUCUACAUCUACGCCCACAACUGCUGUCUCUGUAUCUGUCACUACAUUACCCAACCAUGCAAGAAAUAAGGACCCAACACAGCGCCAACCCGCAACGAUCGGCAAACUCCAAGAGAUAGAUCUCGGCGACGAAGCGCGCAACCGUAAUAUCGAGCGCACGAACAACGCGCGGAGGAGGAUGGACGGCGAGAUUGUGGAAGAGCCUGUGCAAGGGGGAAGGAAGAAGAAAGUCAGAUUGAAUAGGGAUGGGACGGUGUGGGUCCCAAGGAAGAGGAGGGGCAGUGAGGAUAUCAAGCGGGACCAGCUGGUUGAAGCUGUCUUGAGAGAGAAUAGAUGUACGUUGCCUAUCCGCUCGACUCUGUCUAGCAUUUCCGCCACCCUAUAAAUGUCAUACAUCGGCCAUGUGCUAACUAUACCAUAGUGGAAAUCUACGAGGAGCCUGCCCCCGAACCAGAGAGGAUCAACGAUGAUCAAGCAGCGGACGACAGGAUCGCAGAGGAGUUCAGGAGGGACUUUUUAGAUCAGGUUUCUGCGAGACAGAGGAAGAAGGCGGCACCUGCGCAGCCGGCUGCUAGAGGGCCAGGCGGGAAGAAGGAAGAGGAGCUUAUGAAGGGGCCGAAGCUGGGUGGUAGUAGGAGUGCGAGAGCUGCUAUGAGGGAAGCGAUGUUGAAGGAGAAGAAAUGAUUACCACUAGUCCUAGAGUCUCAACCAAGCACAAGUGAUUGACAGCAUCUUACCAAGUGAAGAGCCAUUUCAAUCACGAUAGGGGGUUGGGGAAAAUAGAGAAUGUCGACUCUGAG